AUGGUUGAAUCAAGUUUCAUAAGUAUCAUCAAUCAAUAUCUUCAAAUGAUAUUCUCCAAAUUAUAUCAAAUAGCACUUGCAUCAUCUGCAUUUGCUGCUCAAUUAAUUGAAAACCCCAUUGAAUUAAACGAUACAAAUCAUGUUCAAUUAGCUUCUUACAAUUAUACAUCCGGUACUUUCAAUGCUGAAUUUUUUGUUCAUAAUGAUGGUUAUGAUAAGACAGUUUUCCUUUAUUAUACAAAUAAAGAUGAACAAUCAACUCCUUUAACCGCAUUAGCUGCAAGUCAUGCUGAAGGAUUAGAAGAUGAUUGGGAAUUAUGGACAACAUCAACCAAGAUUUUCCAAGAAGAAGGUCUUGAUACUUUAUUAAAUGUUACUUUUAAUUCAAUAAAUACUGGGGAUGUUUAUUCUCAACAAUUAAAUAUUAAAGUUGAACAAACUGAUCCUCAAGAAGAUUCUGAAUCUGCUCCAGAACCAAAAAUCCAGCCUUCUGGUCUUGGUGAAGAUAUUGAUGAUUGGUUAAAUGCUCAAUCUGUUGAUUCACAAAUUUAUAAAGCUAAAUCAAGAGUUUUCGAUAAUAUUGGUGUUGAAGGUUCUGUACCAGGUCUUGUUAUUGCAUCACCAUCUCAUGGUGAAAAUUCAGAUAAUCCAGAUUAUUUCUAUCAUUGGAUUCGUGAUGCUGGAUUAACUUAUGAUGCAAUUUUCAAAUUAUAUGAAGCAUUACCAGAUAGAGAAUCAACAGCAGCUAGAGCAUUAGAAGAUUAUUUCUUACAAUUUAUUUCUGCUUCAAUUGCUGAACAAAAUGAUGGUAGUGCAAUUGCAGGAUUAGGUGAACCAAAAUUUUAUGUUGGUAAUAAUUCUGGUUAUCAAGGUGCUUGGGGUAGACCACAAAAUGAUGGACCUGCUAUUAGAGCAUUUGCAAUUUUAGAAUUUGUUAAAGAAUAUAUCAAGAAAGGUGGUGAUCAAAAUUAUAUUAUUGAUUUAGCAUGGGAACAACCAUUAAAGAAAGAUUUAGAUUUUGUUGCAUCAAAUUGGACUUAUUCAAAUUUUGAUCUUUGGGAAGAAGUUGAUUCUGAUCAUUUUUUCACUAAAUUUGUUCAAAGAAGAGCUUUAAUUCAAGGUGCUGAAUUUGCUUCUGAAUACUUAAGAGAUGUUUCAACAUAUAGAGUAUGGAAUGAAGCUGCCAUUGCUCUAAAUGAUACUUUAUCAAAUUUUGUUUAUCCAAUUAGAAAUAUAAUCUUGAAUAGUUAUGGACCUUCACAACGUGGUAAAGCUUCAUAUAAAGAUCUUUCAGUUAUCUUAGGUGUUAAUCAUGCUUACAUAGGUGAUGAUGUAUUUGCACCAACUAAUGAAUGGGUCUUGAGAACCGCAUAUGAAAUUGCAACUUCAUUUAUUCCAGUUUAUGAACUUUCAAAUACAACUCAUGAUGAAAAUAAUUUACCUUUAGCACCACCAACUGGUAGAUAUCCAGAAGAUGUUUAUAAUGGUACUGGAUCAUCAUUAGCAAAUCCAUGGUUUUUAUCAAAUAAUGCAUUUGCAGAAUAUUUCUUUACAAUUGCUAAAAAUUUCCAAGAUUCAGGUUCAAUUUCAGUUACUGAAUUAUCAUUACCAUUUUGGAAAUAUUAUACAGGUGUUUCAGAAACUGGUUCAAUAAAUUCAGAUUCUGAUCAAUUUAAACAAAUUAUUCAAUCAUUAUUAGGUUGGGGUGAUGCUUAUUUAAGAGUUGUUAAAUAUUAUGCAGGUGAAGAUGGUCAUUUAAGUGAACAAUUUGAUAAAGAUUCUGGUGUUAUAAGAGGUGCUAGAGAUUUAACUUGGUCUUAUGCUUCACUAGUCACUGCGGCUAUUGCAAGAGCUAAUGCUAAAGGAGAUGAUGGAUUUACAGCUUCUUUAGCUUUAUUAGAAGGUGAUGUUCAAUAG